GGCUCGGCUUUUUGUCCGACUGUCUUCGCGAAAGAUGAACCUCAGCCACAUCCUUUCACGCCUCCUCGCCACCGUCGGCAUCGGCCAUAGCGGCUUCGACGCGACCGCUUCCGUCGACACGGGGGCAGACUUGCAGGGCCGCGGAGCGACGCCGCAUUGCGGUCCGCAGCGACCGGCCAUGCCGUACCACACUGGCCCAGCGGCCAGGUUGUACCGCGAGACGCCGUACGGCGUGUUGGGCUGCAACCACGACGCCACCAUACCCGAGGGCCUCGACGCGUUCGCGGCCAUGCACAAGGACAAGCCGGACAUACUGAGGCGCUACCUCGGCCUGGUCGAGGCGGCCCGGAACGCCGACAGCUUUCAGGAGCUGUGGUUCAUCCUGAUAAAGGAGCUGCAGCCGAAUCGGACAGCACGCCACGACCCGAGGGCCGACGCGGUCGCCAUGUUCCUGAUCCCGGCCUACCGCUGCCGCCUGGACGGCGUGCUCCUGCGCGCGCUCGGCAUCACGCCACUGCGGCAACCUCCUGUUCCGUGCGAACAGGUUCCCGGCAAUGGAGCAAUCCCCUUCCUGAACGAGUUCGAGAGGAGUUUGCUGAAGGCGUUGGCCGAGGCGGAAGCGGAGGCGGAGAUUGAGAGGAAGCAGCAUCAGGUGGCAUUGCGAAGGCCGCAGUGCGAAGAGGCUGUGGAGCAAGAACGUGAUGAGCUUUAGGGGUCUCCUGGAGCGGUGAAGAGCGGGUAUCUUCCUCCGCUGUCUCUGAUGCGGGCGCAACCUCUGCGUGAAGGGGCUGCUGCUUUGCUGCCUUAUAUCAUAGAUGAUUCAAUAGCGUGUAUCUAGCGUGGAAGAUACCAUUAGCGAUGCAUAUCCAAGUGUUGCUUGUCCAACCAGUUAGGCAAAGCCGCAAAAGCUAAGCCCUGAAAC